AAGCAACAACAAUCACUAAUCAAUUUCACGUGUUUUUAAUAAAAUUUAGGGCACCUUUUGUAACGGAAAAUUAAAUUAACUAAUGAAAAUACAAAUUAAGCAUAAUGGACUUUAUAGUGGAUACUUGUGGUGAUGAGGAUCUUCAAGAAAAAACAGAAUUAUUAGAAGAAAAUGACAAACUCUUUUUAGAUAAAGAAAAGAAACAUCAAGAUAUUCUUGAUUUGUUUUAUAAGAAGAAGCAACAGCUGGACGACCAGUAUGCAGCAGAGGAGGAGGUAGAGAUGAAACUAAAAGGUUUGAAAAUAGACACACAAUUUGAUGAAUUUUACAGUGAAAUGGGUUGGUCAAAUUCCUACUUAGUUAUGAAGAAGAAAAGAACAUUGUUCAAUUUUGAACAAUUAGACAAAGAGACUGGAAAACUAAAGUCAAAUCUCGGUGGUGUUGAUGUUGAUAAAGAAAUGCAGAAGUCUGUUCUCCGACCUGAUAUAGAGAAAGAGCAUGCUUUACCCAAGUACAAUGUCAGUGACAGAACAUUAAAACAUUUGAGAAGGAAAGAACGAGAGAAGACCAAGGGACCAGGUUGGUUCAACUUGGCUGCACCAGAAGUUGACGAGGAUAUGAAGAAUGAUCUGCAGGUCCUCAAAAUGAGAUCGGCUCUGGACCCCAAACACUUCUAUAAGAAGAAUGAUAUGGAAGUCCUCCCGAAAUAUUUCCAAGUUGGAAAAAUUAUGGAUUCUCCAUUAGAUCAUGUUAACGAGAGAUUAACCAGAAAACAAAGGAAACGAACCAUGGUGGAUGAGUUACUAGCUGAUGCAGAGUUCCAGAAAUACAACAAGAAGAAAUACAAGGAAAUUAUAGAUGAGAAGAGAAAGUCAGAAUACAGAACGUUCAUGAAGGACAAGAGGCAGAAGAACAAGGCGAUGUUAAAAAGUAACAAAAUGAAGGCAAAAAAGAGUAAAUAAAUGUUUUAUUU